GAAAUUCGACUACAUCACGGCUUCCUAAGAUUGAGAUACGCAAAUAAAGGACUUAAUUUUUCUUCAAAUUCUAUUUUAAGCGCGGGUUAAAAAUACAUUAUGAAUAGUCUCACUUCUUGUUUUUUCCCCCCCUCAUUGUUGUUUCAUUGUUCGUCACAGUCCCCGGCCGGCAAACGUAGACGACGUCACUUCCUCAGGUUAUUUCCAUUUGUGUUACGACCGCUCUAUUACCUUGAGUAUUAUUCAUCAAUAACUACCUUUACAUUUCUGCCUUACAACAUGUCUUAGCGUUUGGGCUGAUUCGUGUCACCCACGCACUCGCUGACUGUCGUGGCAAACGACGAGUUAACGUGGUGCUGCAUAAAAAGGAGUAAACGUGCACUGGAAAACAUAAGUAGUUGACCGGUUGCGGCUAACGUGAGCUAGCUAGUUUAUGUUAAUUGGGUGACUAUUGUUAGCUGACCUUUUGUUUGUAUACGUGCCGUGAUCUUUGGUUCUGAUCGCUACUCUAUGACGUCGUCGCCGGAGAUUUAAAACGAUGGAGUGUCUUCAUUUGGGCUCAAACGUGAGCUUUGCUGGCGACUCCUCCAGGCUACCUAACGGCGCGCCUUCCUCUUGGUGCUGCAGCGUUUGCAGAUCGAAUAAAAGUCCAUGGCUUUGCCUCACCUGCUUGGUGGUCCACUGUGGACGAUAUGUGAAUGGACAUGCAAAGAAACACUUUGAGGACAGUCAAGUGUCAGGCAGCAGCCAAAGGAAGGUUGACAAACAGGAGAAAGAGAAAAGUCAACAUUCGGUUUGCAUGGAUUCUGGCAACUACAGUGUGUUCUGUUACAGAUGUGAUGAAUUUGUUGUCAAUGACACCAAACUUGGGCAUGUCCAAAAAGUACGGGAAUAUCUCCAGAAUUUAGAAAACUCAGCCUUGACUGGUGACAAACACAGGAAAAGAAAACUUCAAGACGGCCAAACCCCGGACAAGAAGAUGUUGAAAGAAAAUGAGGGGGCCGCUUUGGGAGCCACUGGCCUGCGUAACCUGGGAAACACGUGUUUUAUGAAUGCUAUUCUGCAGUCGCUCAGCAACAUCGAGCGCUUCAGCUGUUAUUUCAAGGGCUUGCCGGCGGUGGCGCUACGCAGCGGUAAGACGGCCGGGAGGAGGAUGUACCACACUCGCAGCCAAGGGGACACCAGUGUGUCACUGGUGGAGGAGUUAAGAAAGACCUUUUGUUCCCUCUGGCAAGGAAACCAGACCGCCUUCAGUCCAGACUCCCUAUUUUAUGCGGUGUGGAAAAUCAUGCCAAGUUUCAGAGGCUACCAACAGCAGGAUGCUCACGAGUUCAUGCGCUACCUGUUGGACCACCUCCACAGGGAGCUCCAGCACAGUCAGAACGGGGCAGCGGAGCCGAGCUCGCCUGGGGACGGGCUCCGACUCGCUAGCGCCGAUGACAAGAGCUGCUUAAACGGCGCUCCCAGCGUUGUCACGUCUAUUUUCGGUGGGAUCCUUCAGAACGAAGUCAAUUGUUUGAUAUGCGGGACCGAAUCUCGAAAGUUUGAUCCGUUUCUUGAUCUUUCUUUGGACAUUCCCAGUCGGUUCAGACAGAAGAGGAGUAAAGAUCAAGAGCCAGGUCCCACAUGCACCUUGCAUGAAUGCCUACGAAGCUUCACUGACCUGGAAGAGCUGGAUGAAACCGAGCUGUAUUAUUGUCACAAAUGUAAAAAACGACAGAAGUCCACCAAGAAGUUCUGGAUUCGAAAGCUUCCGAAGGUUUUGUGCCUGCACUUGAAAAGGUUCCACUGGACUGCCUUUUUGAGAAAUAAAGUGGACACUUAUGUGGAAUUUCCACUCAAAGACUUGGACAUGAAGGGCUAUUUACUCGAGCCACAGAAUGUGUUAGCGGAGAGCUGUCUGUAUGACCUGGCGGCCAUUGUAGUGCAUCACGGCUCUGGGGUGGGAUCGGGCCACUACACGGCGUACGGCAGCCACGAGGGGCGCUGGUACCACUUCAACGACAGCACGGUGACGCUGGCUAACGAAGAAACGUUGAGGAAGGCCAAGGCGUACAUCCUCUUCUACGCGGAGAGGAGCGAGCAGCCGGCCGCGACGUCGGACACGUGCCGCGCAAAGGUUUUGAAAGACCAAUCGGCGGUAGACACAGCCGGAGCAAAGGAAUUGAUUUCUGAGAGAAAGGGAUCGGCCAAGGCCUCUGCGUACAUGGCCGAUGACGUUGAAACGGCAACGCAGUGAUUCAGACCAAUUGCAUUCUUCACCUCAGUCACACCCCACAAUCCUUCCGCUAUUGUUUUUUUUUUUAAUAUCCUUAUGACAUCAUCCUUGGUGUUUUGUAAUUUGGUGGUUAUUGUAUUGGUCACCUGCAGAGUACGGGAUACACAUACUGAUGUUUCUUAACUUUAACCCGAAAUUUGCUCCGCCUUACUCACGUGGGACAUUUUAGCCGUUUUAAUUCAAACAUCUUUAUGACUGACAAAAACUCAUCAUGACUAGAAUGAGAAAGAUUUUUUUGUUUGUACUUGAAAUAGCAUGUGAAAGCUAAUGGGAAAUGCGUUGCAAAUGUUGUUUGUUGAAGGAUCGGGCUCUGUAGAAAACGUUUUUUUUUAUAUACGAUCAUUUCUAACCAUGAAAUAAUUACAUUUCCUCAUAGAAUCAGUUCAAUGACUUGAAGACAGCAUCCAUGUUUUUUUCCCUCAAUGACUCCGAUCAAUUAAAAAUGUAAAACCACAA